AGCCGUAUAAAGCCUCCUCUUUCACCCAAAACCCUAAUCGAGAGGGAGAGAGUCGACUGCGAAGAUGGUUCAGCGUCUCGUGUAUCGCUCGCGUCACAGCUACGCCACCAAGUCCAACCAGCACAGGAUCGUCAAAACCCCUGGAGGGAAGCUAGUGUACCAGACCACUAAGAAGAGGGCAAGUGGACCCAAGUGUCCUGUUACAGGCAAGAGGAUUCAAGGGAUCCCUCAUUUGAGGCCUGCUGAAUACAAGAGGUCUAGAUUGUCUAGGAAUCGGAGGACUGUCAAUCGUGCUUAUGGAGGAGUAUUGUCUGGAGCUGCUGUCAAGGAGAGGAUCAUCCGUGCCUUUUUGGUCGAAGAACAAAAGAUUGUGAAAAAGGUUUUGAAGAUUCAGAAGGCUAAGGAAAAGCUAGCUGCCAAGCACUGAUUGAAUGAAGAGUCUAGUGAGUUUCAAGUAGCUUCUAGAGUGAUUUUGGCUGAUAGUGCGCGAUGGAAAGUAGUUGGAGGUGUUCCAAUUUCUUUUUCUGUGUUUUGGUACUACCAUUUUAUGUUAUAAUGUCGAGUACAUUUUCUUUGAGAAUCCACUGCCUUUAAUUUGCUUGUUGUCUGUCGGUGGUAUGAUAUACGUUCCAAUUUGUUGUGUAAUGACAGAUGAGUAGCCUUUCAUGGAAGUAUUAUGUGUUGGUUUAGUUAUCCUUGGGUUUCAAAUCCCUCUGUUUCCUCAACUUGCACAAAGCAACUAGCUGGUAAUCAGUUUGCGUGUUUUGUAAGGAAGAUUUAAAAAUGCCAUUGUUUAGAAUGUCCCUGGAACAAUAAUGAUCAUAACGUUCUGCAAUUUUAAUUCCCUUAAUGUAAUGAAGGAAAAUAACAUUGGUGAUCC